AUGCCAUCCAUCAACACGAUGAUGCAUGGACAGUCGACCACCAAUGCGGCCUGGCUUGCGGAUCAGCAAGCUGCACGUACCACCGACGACAAUCAAAGCAGCUCCGCACAGCCAUCUAGCCUCGCCGCUGAUACUUACCCGCUCUGCCUGUCCGAGUACACACGGUAUGGCAGACAACUCAUCCUGCCGUCGUGGGGUAUGCCUACACAGCUGGCACUCAAACGCAGCAGGGUGCUAGUGGUGGGAGCGGGUGGAUUGGGCUGUCCGGCGAUCCAAUACCUCGCUGCGGCUGGAGUCGGGCACAUUACUGUGGUGGAUCACGAUGUGGUGGAGAGGAGCAACUUGGCCAGACAAAUCCUGCACGAUGAAGCGACUGUGGGACUGAGCAAGGUGGAGAGCGUCGAAAGAGCGGUGCAGAGGUGAAGGCGCGGUGCGAUGCUGCGGUAUGGCUUGCUCGCUGCUCACAAUCCCUCGUGCUCCUCACAGGAUCAAUCCUCACGUGCGAGUAGAUUCGAUCGCAUCCGCAUUCGACAAGACGAACGCCAUGCCUCUCGUCUCCUCGCACGACCUCACUCUGGACUGCACAGACAAUGUUUUGACUCGCUAUCUCAUCUCCGAUACUGCUGUGCUCUGCAGCAAGCAGGUGGUCAGCGGUGCGGCACAAGGAGUAGAGGGGCAGCUCAUGGUGCUCAACAAGAAUCCUCACGACUCGGACGCGGCCGCGAAAGACAGAUCAUCUGCAGCAGGACCAAGCAGAGGGCCAUGCUACAGGUGCAUGUUCCCCAGAGCACCCAGACCCGACGAUGUGGUGGAUUGCUCCGACGGAGGCGUCUUUGGUGGGAUCACCGGUCUGGUGGGCACUCUGCAGGCCGUCGAAAGCAUCAAGCUGCUCUCGGAUGUGGGCGAAUGUGAGGGGCUCGUGAAGUGGCUUGAUUGUUCAUACCUGACCCGUCACCUCUUUGCAUCUUAUCGGAUCGAACACCAGCGACCCCUCCAAAUUUGCUCCUUUGCUCUGCCUUCUCCUAUCCGCCUUUUAGAUCGAUCAAGCUGAGACCUAGCAGACCAGAUUGUCGCUCAUGUGGAAACCCUGAAAAUGUGGAAAGUCGCAUCUCAAACCUGGCACAGGAGGAUUAUGCGGCGUUUUGUGGUCUCAAUGACGUGCGCGGUAAGGGGGAGAGCAGAGGUGGUCGAGAUCGAAUAUCUGUCCAGGUGAGCUGCCGAGAGCAUCGUUGUAUCCAGCGAUGACAAGAGCUGAAUAUGUGGGAGCAUUCGCAGGAGCUGUCUAGCAUUCUGCAACACGAAGCAGACACUAAUCAAGCCAAUGCUCGGUCACUUUUGGUCGACGUUCGACCAAAGGUGGAGUACGGCAUCGUCAGCUUGCCCAAUACCUGCAGUGCGUACAGUAGACUCUUUCUUCCUCUUGCUUUCGCGGGCUCUAAUCGAGUCCGCGUCUCACGAUACGCAGACAUACCGUACACCGACUUGCGUCGCAACCCUAGCGAGACUCUCCAGCGCAUCCGAACGUUGCAAAAUAGUGUUGCGCCCAUCAGCAGCAGCGGCAACCCUUCGAACCAUAGCACCUCGAAGCUGAACAAUGCCGCAUCGCAGGUGUCGCCUAGCAUCUACUUGCUCUGCAGACGCGGCAAUGACUCUCAGAUUGCCGCUGAUCUGCUUCACAAGGCUCAAGUUGAGCAAGCGCCUACGACAGGCAAUGAAGAGGUGCACACUCUCGCUGCGCAGCGCUCAGACGAAUUCACCUUUGUAGACGUGAUCGGCGGACUGCAAGCAUGGAGCAAAGAGGUCGACCUGAGCUUUCCAGUCUAUUGA